CUGAUCAAAUCAAUAAAAUUAUUAACUUAUGAUACUGAUGGAGAAAGUGAACUGGACAAAAUCAUUGAAAGUUCUCUGGAUAUUUUUACUAAAGUAUGGAAAAAACGUGAUAUUAAUUCUGAAAUCGCUUUUAAGGGUCUUUUAACUAUAUUGGAGUAUUCACUGCAAUUGUCAAUAAACAAUUAUGCUUGCUUUGAGAAAUUCAUAAAUGCGAUUGGUUACAAUUCAGUGCAAUUCUGGAAAAAUGCUGUUCCAUAUGUAUUUGAUUCUGACCUAACUUAUGGAACCAAAUUUCGUGAUUCUUUGCUAUUCAAUCUGACAUUAUUUGAUGUGAAUAAUGGGACGAAUCGUCUUCGAACGAUAGAACUUUUUAGAGAAUUAUACGCAUCCGUACCUGGCAUACGAAAAUCUCUUCUGGGUGUACAUGCAAAAAGAUUCGGUGAACGGUAUCAUCAUCUUCAGCAACGAAUGUUUCAUCGGGCAACAUCGAUAUCAGUAUCGAAUGAUUCAGUUUUUAGUGAAACUGAGAGUGGCAGUGAUGAUAAUGAAGAAAAAACGCAAGCUGGUCGUAGUAGAUCGUCCACAACUCGCUUGUAUCGACUCCAGACGUCUUCUCGACCGAAGUUAGGGCUAUCGGAAUCGAAAGACGAUUCAUAUGAAUCUGAUGAGAAAGCAGAUUCAGUGGAAACAUUCGCUAGUGGUGGAUUAGCUCACACUCAUUUUCAGCAACGAGUGAUUAAUGUGUCGAAUGCUCCACCUGUGAGUUUAAAACGAGAGAAAUCAGGUGAGUGGGAAAUAAAACAAGGUUCCGGAGGACUUAUUUCUUGUGUAGAUCCUGUAAUGUCAAAAGAUAAGGAGAAUGUUUGGCUUGCAAAUAUUGGAAUGAAUAUUCAAAGCAAUCAAAGAAAAUCGAUCUCCGAAGAUGGAACAGCUUUCGCUAUCACAACUAAUACUCUCGGUCUACCUCUAAUAAAACAAGCGAAUGCAGAUGUUUUUUUUCACGUGUUAGCUGAUGAUGACGGUGUUUUUUCUACUGAGAAAGAACAAAUGCUUGAUUCCAGAGAAGAAAUGUCAUUGCUUGGAGUAUUACAAAAUUACAAUCGUGGUAAUUAUAAACUCAAUCCAGUAAUUGUCCAUGAAGAUGAUUAUAAUGUAUAUUAUGGUGGUAUAAGCAAUGGUCUUCUUUGGCCAGCACUUCAUAAUCUUCCAGAAUAUAUUGUUGAAGAAUAUAAUAAUAUUAAGAUUCUAAAGGAUCACUGGUGCGCUUAUGUUCGUGUUAACUAUCAGUUUGCCAUCAAUGCUGUGAGAAAUAGUCGACCUCAGGAUUUUAUAUGGAUCCAUGACUAUCAUCUAUUGCUUACUGGAUUAAUUAUGCAAGGCCUUGAUCCUAACCUUGAAGUUGGCUUUUUUCUUCAUAUACCUUUCCAACCUCCUGAAAAUUUUUUUAAGAAAUAUGCAGCAAUUGGAAUCCCAAUUUUACGAGGUCUGCUGCGCUUUACAAAGGUUGGUUUCCAAACACACCGUGAUAGGUCUUCGUUUGUCGAAUUAUGUAAGGAAAAUCUGCCAUUACUCAAUGCAACGUACGACAGUUCAGUUGAUAUUCACACAAUUAUUUACGAAGGAUGGUCCUGUUCCUUAGGAGUUUUUCCAGUAUCUAUCAAGAAUGAUGAUUUUUUAAAAUUCGUCCAGCUACCAGAAACUGUUAAAAAAGCAGAUGAUAUUCGCAAGGAGAUGCUAGGAGAAGAUGCACCAAAAGAUGCUUGUUUAUUUUUUUCUGUGGAACGUUUCGAUUAUACUAAAGGAAUCAAGGAAAAAUUAACAGCCUAUCAGAAAUACUUCGAAAAGUAUCCGAAUCGGAUCGGCAAAGAUGUUCUUUAUCAGGUUGCUGUAACGAAUCGUCGUUCUGUAAAUACCUAUCGCACAUAUCAGGAUGAAUGUUUAUUGUUUGCUGAAGAAAUUAACAAACAAUAUUCAUGUCACGAAAGACCCGCUUGGAAACCCCUUGUAUUUACAACUGAUGUUUUAACACGCUCUGAUUUGGUGGCAUGUUAUCUGGCAAUGGAUGUUGGUGUUGUCACACCUAGAAGAGACGGAAUGAAUUUAGUAGCAAAGGAGAUGCUUGUUUGCAAUCCAUAUGCUGGAUUAAUUCUUUCAACGGGUGCCGGAAGUGAGAUACAGUUUGAGAUGGCUGGUUUUUACGCGGAAGAUGGAGAAAAGUGUUACAAAAGGAUUAAUGAUUUGUAUGAUAUUGAGGUAUUUGAUCAUAUAAAGUGCUUACUGGAUAUAAUUAUAAUAGAUUUAAAAAAUAAGUUUGACAUAAAAUUUCAUUCAAUGUUCGCCAUCUCAGCCGGGUUCUUCGAAGAUUUGCAAUGA